AUGCCCGACGUCUUCCUCAAGGCCGACAUGAGGGAGCUGUUGGCCAACAAAAAGGUCGCUCUGCUCGGCUGUUCGAACGUGCGGGCCAUGUACAAGGACCUGGUAUGCCUGUGGCAGGUGGACCAGCUGGUGUCUAACAAGCGUCUCCGCUGCAAGAUGGAGGAGAGCCACAUGGGGGACGUGCUCGUCUGCCACGGCAAGCAACACAACGGGCGGGAUUACCGCGAAGAGCGGCUCUUCCGCACCCGCAAUGGGAGCAUCAGCUUCUUCUUCCUGACGCGCGUGUGGAGCGACUACGUCCGCAGCAUCCUGGCGAGGCUGGCCGACGACGUUCCAGACGUGGUGGCCAUUAGCUCCUGCCUCUGGGACAUCACGCGGUGGGGUCCCGACGGGGUGCAGCAGUACAAGGCGAACCUGGAGAGUCUAUUUGGGGCCCUGCGAGAAGCCCUGCCACCUUCCUGCCUGCUCUUGUGGCUCACGGCACCGCCACUGUCCCAGGACGUGCGGGGAGGCUUCCUCAUCCCACAGCUCGAGUUCCUCAAGUACUCGCUCCGGUUCCACGUCCUGGAGGCCAACCUCUUCUGUCGCGGGGUGGCAGACCGCUUCAUGGUGGACACACUGGACCUGCACUUCCACCUGAGGCUGCUGCUGGACCUGCGGGCAGACGACGGCAUCCACUGGCUGCCCAUGGCUGUGCGCUUGUGCACCAACCUCUUGCUGGGCCACAUCGCCCUCUCCUGGGGAAAGCCGCUGCCCAACAGGUGUGGAUUCCUCAGCGAGCAGGAGCGCCGGGCAGCGGCCCCAGGGAACGUCCCCGACCCAGAUCGCUCCCUGCCCGCAGACCUCUCCUUCGGCACAAUCUUCGGGGACGACUCCAAGCUGCUGGGAGAGAUUGUGAAGAAUGCCACGGAGCCGCCGCCCGCACAGAGGCGCCCCUACGCGGUCGCCAGGAGGCAGCUGCCGGGAGGCCGGCUGCACGGGCCUCCGCAAGAUCCCGCCCUCGCAGGUACGACUCUCGUCUUCAUCUCUCCGUACACCGCAGCACGGCGCCUGGAACAGGUCUCCAACGGGUGCGAUUGGCGUCCUGCACCACAUCAUCUGCCGCCGAAGCGGCGGCAGACGACAAAUGACCGCAACAAAAGAACGCGCCGCUCGGGGACGCGUUCCAGGCAGCGUAGCGGCGGUGUGUUCGGGAGCUCCGGAGCCUCCCAGAGACAAGGCGGGUGUUGCAGCGUCUGACGGGACGUCGUUUCAGCACACCGGGCUUUGGGCGGAACCCUCCUGCAUGUCCCCGUGGGCACCCACUUCUGGCAGGACCCCCAGGUUGCCUGGAACGAGGCUGGGAGCCGUGCUUGGACUGCCCCUUUGCCCUUCUGGGGGGCCUUCUAGUCUGAUCAAUAAAGCUUCUCCCCCCGUUGGUUGCGAGG